GUGAUACGAGCAAAGGAAAGAUGUGUAUGUAUGUGUAUGUUUCUUCUAAUCUGGAAAACAGGAUACUUUAGGUAAACGUUUAACUCUUUAAGAAACUGGGUUCAAGUAAAAUAAUGACAUUAAGUCAAGACUUCCAUCUCCAAUUAAAUAUACAUUACAAAAGCUGGUUCAAGAGGCUUUCCACCUAUCUACAGAAAUUGACACAGGGCAUCCUAAUUAAACACCGAGCCACAUUUAAAAAAUCACAUUCCAUAUUCAGCAUUUAUUUUGGGCAAUAUGCUAGUCUUUAAAGAAAGGUUAUACAUAUAUUUUUCCAAGAAUGACUACAAUCCUGCUCUCCCUUCUAGGUUAGUGAUUCUCAUCCUGGCUGCGUUAUAAGAAGGAUCGGACUGGAAAUGAAACUGGGCAGAGUUCUUAUUUUGUACAAAUUAAAAUUUGAGAUGAUAUACUAGAGUAGAUAGUGAUAACGCAAAAGCCUGUUUGAAUCAAGUGUCAUAUAUACUUGAUACUUGGAGGAAAUAAAAACAAUUUAGUGUCUUUUUGAAAAGAAAUUAACGAGGCAACUACUUUCAUAUUUAACAUACAGAUCAAACAUUUUCUCACAACACAGAAAGCUUCUACUGUGGGAUUGCUUACAAUUCAUCACUCACUAUCUUGGCUAUUAAACGCGUACCCUCAGAAUGACAUCGUUCAAUGACAGCUCAUGAACAAACAGAAGUGGUUCCUUUCCAAACCUGACAAUGUUUAAAAAUGAUAGGUUAACAUAUGUUUUGAGUUCAAAUUUUAAGUUAUUUUUGAACAAAGACACUUUUGUUUUCUACUCCUUGGUAUUAUGGUUUACAUGCUUAAUUUAGGGAUUUUAACAGAGUCAAUCAAACGUUUAUAGCAUUCUGAUAAUAUUCUGCUUUAUAGUAGGACCUCUGAAAAAAGAAACUAUUAUUCUUGCACCAAGUUAUAAGUACCUAGCUGUUAAGAACUGGGUCUUAGUAAUCUGCAUUCCUCUGCAGUGACCAUAGGAAAGCAAGGCAUGGUUUAGUACUUACUGUUUAUUUCUACUAUAACAUGCGCAAUACUAGGCACUUUACAUUUAUUUAAUCCUAUAAUAAAUUUACAAAUUAGAAAUUAUGAUCUCUAUUUUUCAGAUGAAGAAAGAGACUAGAAGAGGACUUGCCCAAAGAAAUUUUUAUUCAGACCGGAUCAUAUAUGCUUUUCAAAAUACUUUCCUUUGUUAACUUAAAGAAUGAGUAUCAAUUUAUUUUUCCGCUGACCUACUUUAUGGGUAAUCAAAGAGUUGUGGACUUGAACUCAAAAAUUAUUUAGUAAAGUAUUUGGUCAAAAAAUUUAAUUAUACUUUUACCUGGUCUUUGCCUAAAUUAUGUAAAGGAAAUAACACUGACAUUUACUGUUAGCUACUGCCUGUGAAACAUUUGUACAUUAUCUUAUUUAAUCUACACAACAACUAAGAGAAAUAAAUAUUCCCCCAGAGGAAGAAAUGGUGAUUCAGAAGUGCAGUUACUUGCCUAAGGUCAUACAAGUAAACAGAACACAUCAUUCAUUUCCUAUGAAAAGAAAUCUCACUAUGGGUAAUAACCUAACUGGCAGUUUUUCCUUAGAACAUAUAAUUUGCUCUUCAAGGCUCUAUUCUAAAUAUUUAAAUUACAUAAUCACAUUACUAGAGAGUCUCAAGUAUUUACUUACAAACAUUAAUUAAAACCACUCAAAUCAUAUAGCUCCAAAUUUUGUUUCAAAAUAAGUUCUGUUACAGUAGUACAUUUCUUAGUCAUUUUGUGGCUUAUUGCACUUCCUGAACCAACUACUGAUAAACUUCCUCUUUUUCUACAGAAACCAUUUCAGUUUGCUAGAGGACCAUUUUUAAUCUGAAUUGAACCACCCCUUUUGCCUUCUUAGCCAUAUCACCAAAAUGUCCAGCUAGAAUAAGAAUUUAGCAUCCUGCAAAAGAAGUUAACAUCUGAGCCACUGGUAAAGAGGAAAACAUUCUGAAAUGGGUCCCAAAUAUUUCAUCUUAAUUUUGUUUUGUGGACACCUGAACAAUAUAUUUUUCUCAGAGACAGAAGCAAUUAUAACAGAGCAACAACCACAAUCUACUUUAUUUGGAUCAUCAAUGCCAUAUGUCUCAGCUAAUUCUCAAAACACGACGGGGAAUCCUUUGGGUCAAGCAACACAAUUCAACGUUCCUUCUGGACAACCAAUACCAACUGCCAAAGUUGCUGUUGGACACCCAACACCAGUUGUCAAUGCCUCUUCUGGAAAACCAGCAGCACACACUUCUGCCGGACAACCACUUGCCUAUAACACCAGCAGACAACCAACACCAACGGCUGACACCUCCUCCCAAUGGACAGCACCACCCAUGUUCACCUCUGGCAGACUACCACCAACAUCUGCCCAUACUUCCUCCAGACAAUUGCCACCAUCUGCCUAUACUUCCACUCAACAACCAUCAUCUGUUCAUACCUCUCCUAGAAAACCAGUAACACCAACUGUUCAAAAUCUACCCACACAACUAACACCAGCUAUCAAAAGGUCACCUAGGAUUACACCAGGAUUCAACCUGGAAGCUACCAGUGAAAAAAACACCCUGCAUAAAACCAAUUCUAAUUUAUUAGCUACCAUAUUAAUUGGUGUAAUUCUGACUUGUAUGUUGGCAGCAAUAACCAUGAUUGUACUAGGCAAAUGCUUGAGAAAAUCAGCUUCAAAUGAUCAGAAUUGGGCAGGCAGGUCUCCAUUCGCUGAUGGUGAAACUCCUGACAUAUGUUUGGAUAACAUUAGAGAAAAUGAAGUACCCACAAAACGUACAUCGAUUAUCUCACUUAUGGCCUGGAAACCAAACAAAAGCGCACUUUUAGCAGAUGACUUAGAAAUUAAGUUGUUUGAAUCAAGUGAAAACAUUGUAGAGUCCAACAACCCCAAAACAGAGAAAAUAAAAGAUCAAGUAAACGGUACAUCGGAGGAUAGUGUUGGUGGAUCAACAAUUGGCACUGCUGUUUCUUCUUCAGAUGAUGCAGAUCUGCCUCCACCGCCCCCACCCCUCCUUGAUUUGGAAGGACAGGAGAGUAACCAAUCCGACAAGCCCACAGUGACAACUGUAUCUCCUCCUCCAAAUGAGUCCACCAAUCUCCCACCAGUUCUGGACUGUCUCAAUCAAGUCUGUGAAGAUUAUAACUCUCAGUUCAAAGAGUCAUUUCCGCCUCCCACUGACUCACUUAACUUGCCCCUGCCACCAGGAGAUUUUAUGGAAAAUUCAGAAAAUUCCAACAGUGAGAUCCAAUGUCAGGAGUUCUCUAUUCUUCCAAACUCUAAUCAAGAUCUCAACGAAUUCCUGCCACCUCCACCUGAAGAACUGUUAUAAAUAUUACAACUUGCUUUUUAGCUGAUUUUCUAUCCUUCUUAAAGGACUCAUCUUUUGUUUUUCUUUAUGUGAUAAAAUAUAUUAAAUAGCAACUGGUAGUCCAUUUUGAUUUUUAUUCAGGAACUACCUGCAAUAUGAUCAAAGCCCAUGUGCAUAGGUGGAAAUUAUUAUUAUUUUUAAAAUUUAUAUAUAAUAGUGAUCUAUUUACUGUCUAUAGUGCCUAACUUUAAUGUAUAACACAUUUAAAUAUGUGGAUAGUAUAUAUCAAUAACCAUUUCGGAAACAAUUGAUGUAUACUUAAUGUCAUCCAGUAGAUAUGCUGUGUAUUAAGUUACUUUGAAUAAAAUUUUAUUUUUUCACU